AAAGUGACAGCUGGAAGGAAAACAUUGAAGACUCGAGCGUUUGUUGUUCUGUGUUUUCUCCGUGAAAAUCGCCAAAAAUCCAUUAUGAGAAACUGUUUUGUCCCCUUUUGUGAUAUUCAGUGUAAGAUGAUGGAGAAGAGGAUGAUGUUCCUGCCGCCGAAGGACGAGGAGAUCUUCGAGAAGUGGAAGGCCAAUUUGCCCAAGAAGCGACCAUUCAAGCGCAACGAUAGAGUCUGCGAGAGACACUUCAACCCAGAGGAUGUAAUUAAGACGUGGGAGCACGUGAUAAAUGGGCAGGUGUUUCAUUUAGAGCGGGGAAAGCCGCGGUUGCGGCCUUCGGCUGUGCCUUGCUUGAACUUCCCGAACGAGGAUGAGAUCCGGGAGAGGAAGACGCGCAAGAGAGCAUCGAAUGAGGGCUCAUCGCCGUCCGGGAAGGACAGCAAGAAGCCGCGGCGAGAUGUUGAGGAGCUCCAUGAGGAGGAAGUGAGUCCGGUGUCCAGAACAGUGCACAUGAAGCAGGAUGACAACUCGGAGAUCAUCCUGGAGACGAUCAUUCACGACGAUGAGCAGCGGAAGAGUGUAUUCGCGGCGCUGUUCGAGGAGAUUUACGAGAUCAUUCUGCCAUCGCUUCUUUGGGGCAUUCAUCGGGAUCCAAAUCACGAGUUCUUCGCAUUCACCUGCUUCGACGGGCAGCGAAUGUGCGUCUCCAAGCUGGUCCACGUCGACAGCGACCUGAACAUGUCGGUGCACGUGAAAGGAGCCAUAGUGUCAUCGGAUCAGCUCGACUACUCAACCAUCACUACAGACUACCUCUCGGCAAUCCUGUCCGAGAUCGACGACCAGGUGAUUUGUCCGGGAGACGAUGAUAAGUGCAAAAUCUACCCGGAGGAGAACGCAGAAAUGUGCGAUUACUGCUAUGAGUCUAUAAAGGAUGUGGAAAACUAGCCGAUAAACAUAUUUGAUGAAAUGAAGUACAUU